AUGCCGGAUCUGAAGGCCUCAGCCUCCGCCGCCGCGGGGGCGGCCUGUACCAACAAGCUCGCUCCGGGGGCCCUGGGAGGUCGCGCCCGCCCAGAACAGCCGGAGAGGAGGGGAGAGGCCACGCCGCCGGCUUCCCCACGGGCCGCUGAAGGUGUUAAACCGAACUGUGAUUCGUUCAACAUUGUUGUGUGCGGCCUUUAUAGACUUGAUGAAGCAUAUGAGAUGUUUAACAAAAUGAAGGAUCUUGGUUUGAAACCCUCGGUGUUCACAUACAAUUCUUUGUUUCAUGGAAUUUCUAGAAGAAAAGACCCUAGUGCUGCCAUUGAUCUACUGAGGGAGAUGCGGACAAAUGGGCACAAACCAUGUAUUAAGAACUGCACAGAGAUGGUGCAGCAGCUUUGCUUCAGUGGCAAGAUAACUGAAGCCUUGCAAUUUCUUGAUGAAAUGCUUAUAAUGGGUUUUCUUCCUGACAUUGUCACAUACUCUGCAGCCAUGAAUGGAAUGUGUAAAUUUGAUGAGGCACAAGAAAUUAUGGAAGAAAUGUUGAGUAAGGGUCUGUUCCCUUCUGUAGUUACCUACAAUCUUAUGAUUGAUAUUUGGAGCCAGUCUGGCAGGAUUGACAAAGCAAUCGCUUGCUUAAAUAAAAUGAGUGAUGAAGAGAAGCCACCAACGUGUGAUCGAAUAGAGACAGCACUGAGCUACUAUGAAGAGAUGAAGGCGAAAGCAAAGGAUGUGAUCUUUUGA